UCACCAAUACGUCCACAUAUUGACAAGUUCAUUUCCUCUCUCUCCAAUUUCUAAAACUCUAUCAACAUACACAGAAGUAUCAUCUCCAAAAUUAGAGAGACGAAAAAAAUGUGCCUAAAGUUUGUAGUCCUGGCUCUAGCGGCGCUCCUCCUCCGGGCGAACUGUGAGGUGGCGGUCGACAGGGUCGGGGGAAGUGGGUUCGUGAGAACGAAAGGGAUACGUUUCGUGGCGAACGGGAAGCCGCUGUACCUGAACGGGUUCAACGCAUACUGGAUGAUGUACAUGGCGUCCGACCCGUCCACCCGGGACAAGGUUACGAGCGCUCUCCAGGAGGCCACCAAGAAUGGCAUGAACAUCGCCAGGACUUGGGCCUUCAGCGACGGCGUCUACCGGGCCCUCCAGACCUCUCCCGGCGUCUACGAUGAAGAAGUGUUCAAGGGAUUGGACUUUGUGAUAUCGGAAGCUGGGAAAAAUGGACUGUACCUGAUACUGAGCUUGGUGAACAACUGGAAGGACUUCGGAGGAAAGAGUCAGUAUGUGCAGUGGGCUCGGAAAAGUGGACAGUCGUUGAGCAAUGAUGAGGAGUUCUUCACUAACUCUGUCACCAAGGGUUAUUACAAGAAUCAUAUCAAGGCAGUGCUGACGAGGAUGAACACCAUAACGGGAGUGGCGUACAAGGACGAUCCUACCAUCUUUGCAUGGGAACUCAUGAACGAGCCUCAAUGCCGGUCCGACCCCUCUGGCAAAACUCUUCAGGACUGGGUGAGCGAAAUGGCAGCGUACGUGAAGUCGAUCGAUAGUAAUCAUAUGCUGGAAGUUGGACUCGAAGGGUUCUAUGGGCAAUCGGUUCCAGGGAAGCAGCAGAUCAAUCCUGGCGGUUUGCUUGUCGGGACUGAUUUCAUCUCCAACAACCAAGUCCCCCAGGUCGACUUCGCCACGAUACACAUGUACCCCGAAUCAUGGUUGCCUAGUGCAAGUGAGGGGGACCAAGCUGCAUUUGUGGACAAAUGGGUUCAAGUCCAUAUUCAAGACUCCAACACCAUCCUCAAUAAGCCGAUCAUACUUGACGAAUUCGGUAAGUCAUCGAAGUCAUCGGGUUACAGCUUAGAAAAGAGGGACAGCUAUUUCGGGAGGCUGUACGACACGAUCUACACGAGUGCAAGCAAUCAAGGAUCGUGUGCUGGCGGCCUCUUUUGGCAGCUGUUCGCUCAAGGCAUGGAUAACUUCAGCGACGGGUACGAAGUCAUAUUAGAGCUGAGCCCUUCCACAGCCAGCAUCAUCGCUCAACAGUCUCGCAAGAUGUCGUCUCUCACAUGAUGAGAAGAAGACCAAGAUCGAGGAAAUAAGAACAAAUGAAUUCCGCUAUUUUGUGAUUUAAAUGUGUGAAAUUUAUAUCGAUUUGCUGCUUAAAAGCAGUUAAAAUUGAGUUAUGGAGAAUUUGAGAGGAAUGUAGAGUUAUUUUAUUGAUGUCAAUCAUAUUUGACACCAAUGUUUGGUGCUUUACUCGAAAUCGUAGCAUGUGUUAAUAAAUAUAUAAAUGGGUAAAGCUCGUGCGACAUUGCGCUAUAUGAUUGAGAGCUUUACCUAGUACCGUGUUCUUAA